CCAUGAUCCUCUGCGCGGCGUGCACCAUUCAUCUGUGCUCGGAGCAGAACAGCCUGCUGUCUUUAGGAGCAGAGGACAAACUGGAGUCUAAGGUAUCAAACAUGUCCGUGGACUGGGUUGGAUAUGGAUACGCCACAUUGGUCGCAUCUGGAGGAGUCAUGGGUUAUGUGAAAGCAGGCAGUGUACCCUCGCUGGCUGCAGGUCUUCUCUUCGGGGGUCUUGCAGGUUUUGGUGCCUACCAGAUCUCCAAUGACCCUACUAAUGUUUGGGUGUCUCUAGCUACGUCUGGAGCUCUGACUGGUGUCAUGGGAAAGAGGUUUUAUGGAUCCAGGAAAUUCAUGCCGGCUGGUUUGGUGGCUGGAGCAAGUCUUCUGAUGGUGGCGAAGCUCAGUCUGGCAUUGCUCCAGAAACCUGCAGAGUCUUCAUGAGGCAAAGAUGUUGAAAGGUCGAAGGUCUUCAGUUCCCACUCGUUCACAUAGAUCUUCUGCUUUGGGAGCGACCUCUCAGCUGCUGGAUUUUACUGUUGUUUUUGUUUAUUUAAAGAAAAAAAAAGUAUUUGAUCAUGAAAUACAUAUUCUUUAUAAAAGAACAACUACCUUGUCAUUUCUGAAUGAAUAAACACUGAAUUGUUAUUUA